CGGAGGUCCGAGGUGAUGUAGACACGUCCGAACGCCAUCCACCUGAAGACGAAGAGGAUGUUUUUGUGAUUUAAUUUCUUUUGAAGAUGUAGGCCGUUUUGAUUCUUGAUUUAAUUUGAUCCUUCUGAUCGAAGGUUCUUCUUUGAUAGUGUCCAUCUAUAUGCUUAACUGAAGAGCUAUCAAGGGAACACUGAGGAAGUUAAACAGUAGCUUUUGCAGUUUCUAUUUGGUCAGACGGGUAUAGCCACAUAUUUGCCAAGUAAUCACUUUUUUCAUUUUUUUUGUUUUACUCUCAACAACCUUAAAUCCAAUCUGCAAAGAGGAAGGAUAAGAUUUGAUAUUUUUUUGUUUGUGGCACAAAGGCUAUUUUACUGGUGGUGAGUCACUGUGCGUUCCCAUUUUAGAGUAGCUGUGUGCAGGGUGACUUUCUUGUAUAUCCUCGCAAAGACUCACAGGACGCCGGAGCAGGGAACAGGCGGCAGUGAACACGAAGUUCAGAGGUCAAACUCCACUUUCCAGCAGAAAGCAGGAGAGAGGCGGAGACAGUUGCAAAUCCCCGGACCGUGCCUCCUCAUCCUACUUCUUACCAGUACCGAUCCUUCAGGCUUCAGGUCCCAGCUUCCUGGUUCCUGUUUCUCGAGGAGGUCUGUAACAGAGUGGCCAUCCCCACCCUGUCUUGAUUCUGCUGAAUCUUCUGAACACCUCUGGACUUUGACCUGAGGAUCGUUGUUCUUGCCCGGUGUGUACCUGGUGCCCCCCAGAGAGGAAGGACCGGGGUUUGAGGACGUGACUGGCACCUGCAUCCGUCCUAUCUGUGGCCCCUCAGGAAUGUGAGCGUGUGUGUGUCCCUGGAAGUUUGUCGGACACUGGAGCCGGGCCUGCGGACCGUCAAUGACACACACACGGCUUUAGAGGACCACGGGGCUCCAAGCACUCACACACACACACACACACACACGUGAAAGGAAGCUGAGCCAUGGAGUGCUCAUCUGUUCAGACAGAGAUACCUUGUAUCCAUGACAACCUGACGGUGGAGGAGAAUCCUGUCUUGAUAUCUUCAUUUAUAGUGGAGCAAGAAGUAGACAGCCCUGAUGGAGGAGGUUAUGACAUUGCGAACAACGCAGUGAUUCCCACACCGGGACCACAGAACCACAGGCCUCAGAAUGCAUCACUGCAACAUAGCUGGGAGAUGAAUUACCAAGAAGCAGCUAUCUACCUGCAGGAAGGAGAGAACAAUGACAAGUUCUUCACACACCCGCGGAGCCCCAAAGCGCUGGCUGCUUACCUGUUUGCCCACAACCACCUGUUCUACAUGAUGGAGCUCCUCACUGGUCUGCUGCUCAUGGUGCUGUCGCUGUGCGAGGCCCCCGCCGUCCCCUCGUUACGGCUCGACGUCUACGUCCACGCCACGUUGGAGCUGCUGGCCCUGGUCAUGGUGGCCUUUGAGCUCUGCAUGAAGCUGCGCUGGCUCGGCUUCCACACCUUCAUACGCCACAAGAGGACCAUGGUGAAGACGUGUGUGUUGCUGCUCCAGUUCGUGGAGGCCAUAGUGGUUCUGAUCCGCCAGACGUCUCACCUCCGCGUUACCCGGGCUCUCAGACCCAUCUUCCUGGUGGACUGCAGAUACUGUGGCGCUGUCCGCAGAAACCUGCGUCAGAUCUUCCAGUCCCUCCCACCUUUUAUUGACAUUCUGCUGCUGCUACUCUUCUUCAUGGUUAUCUUUGCUAUCCUGGGUUUCUGUCUGUUCUCCCCAAACACUGCUGAUCCGUACUUUAGCACUCUGGAGAACAGCAUCGUCAGUCUGUUUGUACUCCUGACCACAGCGAAUUUUCCGGACGUUAUGAUGCCGGCGUACUCCAGGAACCGCUGGUCCUGCGUCUUCUUCAUAGUCUACCUCUCCAUAGAGCUGUACUUCAUCAUGAACCUGCUCCUAGCUGUGGUGUUUGACACCUUUAACGGAGUGGAAAAGAUGAAGUUCAAAUCCCUUCUGCUCCACAAGCGCUCCGCCAUCGACCACGCCUUUCAACUAUUGGUCAGCCGGCAGAGGCCGAUGGGUGUGUCGCUGAAGCAGUUUGACGGUCUGAUGCGUUUCUACAGACCACGAAUGUCUGCCAGGGACCGCUUCCUUACCUAUAAGGCCCUGAACAAUGCUGGGGCACCUAUGCUCAGCCUGGAUGACUUCUACAAGUUCUAUGAGGUCAUCGGACUCAAGUGGAAGGCACGGCGGAGUGGGGAGCACUGGUUCGAUGACCUUCCAAACACCACCUUUCUCAUUUUCAAAGGCAUCAACAUGCUGGUGAAGUCGAAGGCCUUCCAGUACACUAUGUAUGUGGUGGUGGCUUUCAACGGUGUGUGGAUCCUAGUGGAAACCUACAUGCUGAACAGUGGAUACUCCUGGGCCCGUGCCGUCCCCUUGAGUUACAUUAUCUUCCUCACCAUCUAUGGUGUGGAGGUCCUACUGAAGAUCACAGGCCUGGGACCCAUGGCCUACUUCAGCUCUGGCUGGAACCUGUUUGACUUCUCCGUCACGGUGUUCGCCUUUCUGGGCUUGAUUGCUCUGGCCUUCGACAUGGAGCCUUUCUACUUCAUUGUGGUGCUCAGGCCACUGCAGCUCCUCAGGCUGUUUAAGAUCAAACAGAGGUACCGAAACGUGUUGGACACCAUGUUUGAACUCUUCCCCAGGAUGGCCAGCCUGGGACUGACCCUCAUCAUCUUCUACUACUCCUUCGCCAUCGUGGGGAUGGAGUUCUUCGCUGAUGUUGUCUUCCCAAACUGCUGCAACACCAGCACGGUAGCAGACUCCUACAGACAGAUCAAUGUCACCGUGGGCAACAAGACGGUCCUGGAGGAAGGCUACUACUAUCUCAACAACUUCAAUAAUAUUCUCAGCAGCUUCGUUACUCUGUUUGAGCUGACGGUGGUCAAUAACUGGUACAUCACCAUGGAAGGAGUGACGUCCAUGACCACUCACUGGAGUCGUCUCUACUUCAUGACCUUCUAUAUUGUUACCAUGGUGGUGAUGACCAUCAUCGUGGCGUUCAUCCUGGACGCGUUUGUGUUCCGUAUGAACUACAGUCGCAAGAACAGGGAGCCUGUGGAGGACCCGGAGGAUGAGAAUGGUAUCGUGUUUGAGGCGGAGGUGAGUCGUGACGAGGCUCUGACCACUCUGGAGCUGUACAAGCAGACCAGCCCUGGACUGUCCUCCCUCAACUCUCUACAGGGAGUCCUGCUGGCCAUGGACCGCAGCGGGCACUUGUCUCUGGUGUACCUGGGGCGGAGGUCCAGGACCAAGAGUGACCUCAGCAUGAAGAUGUACGAGGAGGAGAUCCAGGAGUGGUAUGCUGAGUACUCUAGAGAGAACCUGCCGCAGACAGACUGUAUGGUGGAGAGACCGCUGGAGAGACAGGUGGAGAGCCCUGGCCCGUCGCCUUCACCUGAGCCCCAGCACAACGCCCUCACAGGGACUAUCAUCUAACAGACUCAGGUCUCCCACCUGUCUCCCCCCCUCCCCCUUCUCUCCUCGCACCCCAGCCACAGCCGCACGGCCUUUGGGUAAGGUGGAGAGGUAGGAACCACAGACUCUCCCCCCCCCUGCCUCCUCAUCUCCAGGUGGGGUGUCACCUACCUGACCAACAACCAAGGCCUCGGGGCUGCCCUGGCCUGCUACAGACCCCCCCCCCCCCCCCCCCCCC